GCAAAGCUGGGUGGCCCAGGGAUCCUGGCUGCCAUGCCACCUCCUCUGCUCCUCUCCUUCCUCCUCUUUCUUUUCCCCAAGGGAGUCAGGCCCCAGAAACCACUGCUGGUGGAGGUGGAAGAAGGAGGUGAUGCUGUGUUGCCGUGCCUCCGGGGUCCCUCCACUGCUCCCUCUGAGCAGCUGGUCUGGUCUCGGGGCAACCAGUCAGCACCCUUCUUAGAGCUGAACCUGGGGCUCCCUGACCUGGGCAUCCACACGGGACCUCUGGGCAUCCUGCUGCUCAUCUUCAAUGUCUCUGACAAGAUGGGGGGCUUCUACCUUUGCCAGCCAGGGCCCCCCUCCAAGAACGCCUGGCAGCCCGGCUGGACAGUGAGCGUGGAGGGAAGCGGGGAGCUGUUCCGGUGGAAUUCUUCGGACUUAGGGGACUUCAGCUGUGGCCCAGGGAAUGGGUCAUCAGAAGGCCCCACGCCUUCUUCUCAACACCCCAACAGCUCCCAGCUGUAUGUGUGGGACAAACGCGACUCUCCGAGUUGGGAGCCAGAGCCAGUGUGUGCCCCACCGAGGGGAAGUCUGAAUGAAAACCUCACUCAAGACCUCACUGUGGCUCUUGGCUCUACACUCUGGCUGUCCUGUGGAGUGCCCCCUGCCCAUGUGACCAGAGGUCCCGUCUCCUGGACCCAGGUGCACCCUAAGAAACCUGACAGCACAUUGCUGAGCCUCUACUUGAGAGAGAAGCCCCCAGUCCAAGAGAUGUGGGUCCUAGGGCCUGUUCUGUCACUGUCCCAGGUCACUGUUCAAGCUGCUGGUACCUAUUAUUGUCUUCGUGGCAACCUGACCACUGAGAUACACAUGAAGGUCACUGCCCGACAAGCAGUAUGGCACUGGCUGCUGAGGAGUGGUGGCUGGAAGGUCCCAGCUGUGUCUUUGGUUUAUCUGAUCUUCUGCCUGGGUUCUCUGGUGGUCUUUCUUCAGAUCCGAAAAGCCUUGGUCCUGAGGAGGAAAAGGAAACGAAUGACUGACCCCAACAGGAGAUUCUUCAAAGUGACUCCUCCCUCAGGAAACGGGACCCCUAACCAGUACGGAAACGUGCUGUCCCUCCCCACGCCGGGCUCCAGCACUGGGCGCACUCAGCGUUGGGCGGCAGCCCUGGGGGGCACCAUCCAGUCCUACGGAAAUUCACGCAGUGACGUCCAGGAGACUGGAGCUAUGGGGUCUCGAAGCCCUACGACUGCGGGUGAAUGCAGGGGCAUAGAAGAAGAGGAAGGGGAGGGCUAUGAGGAGCCCGACAGUGAGGAGGGCUCUGAGUUCUAUGAAAACGACUCCAACCGUGGGCAGGACCAGCUCUCCCAGGAUGCCAGUGGCUAUGAGAACCCAGAGGACGGGCCGUUGGGUUCUGCAGAUGAGGACUCUUUCUCCAACGAGUCUUACGAGAAUGCGGAUGAAGAGCUGGCCCAGCCAGUAGCCAGAACAACAGACUUCUUGAGCCCCCACGGAUCUGCCUGGGACCCCAGCAGGGAAGCAACCUCACUUGCAGGGUCCCAGUCCUACGAGGAUAUGAGAGGGAUCUUGUAUGCAGCCCCUCAGCUCCGCUCCCUUCAGCCUGGUCCCCAUCAUGAAGAAGAUGCAGACUCGUAUGAGAACAUGGAUAAUCCUGAUGAACCAGAACCAGCAUGGGGAGGAGGAGGCCACAUGGGGAUCUGGAGUACCAGGUGACCAGAUAAACUCAAUGAGCUCUUCUAAUCAAUUGCAUAGUGCCAUUGUAUGGGAAGGGAAGGAAAGGCAAGAUUGGGUCCUCUCCUGCCCCCUCUCAAGUUUCCCCAAGAAAGGAGGGUUGCACUGCAUGCACCAUGCCACUUUUUUCUUCCUGGGGCUGGUUUACCCAUUUGCCCGCAGUAGCCUACCUAAUUCCUCACGGAGACAAAGGGCAGACUAAUUCACUCCUCGGCCUUUAACCUGCUAUUCAUUAAAAUUAUGGCUUGUAUUUUCUUCAGAGGCUGUGAGGGACUUGGAAUCUACUUUUGCUAAAGAGGUCAGAGAUGGGGAAGGAGAGAAGGAGAGAGGGAAGGAGAGACAGACAGACAGAGAGAGAGAAAAAGAGAGAGAGAGGAGACAGAGAGAGAGUGAGAGAGAAGGAGGCAGGGAGAGAGAGCCUACAGAUGCUCGAUGGAUAACUAAAAUCAGAACAAAGCUUGACCUACAUUUUGCAUCUGUCCCCUUCAUUACCUUGAUACUUGGGGAGACAUCGCAGGUCAGCUCUGCACAUAAAACACACUAAUCAUUUAGGGCAUGUUUGUCUCAAAGCUGGCAAUACAAGAUUGAUUAGCCCUAAAUUUAUAUAACCAGUCUCAUCCCCACUGAGACACCAAGACGAGAGUGGUGCCAGGACAUUCAACUACUAAUGGGUGCCCAGAAGUCUCCAAUCAGUUCUGAAUCUACAGUCACCUUGGAUUCCAGCAGGACCUCUGCACCACUGAGGCUACCCCAGGCAGAAAUGGUCCUCUCUAGAGAGCACAUCGCCCCUUCACGCAGUGAGGACUUCUCCCAUGGCGAUAUCGCCAAACCAGAACUGAGAUAAUGAAGAUGCUCCAGACCCUCUGGCCUCUGUCAGAACAGGUCUUGUUCUUUUGUCAGUCGGCCAGUCUGGUCUCUAUCAGAGAUGUGCCUCUUUCAGCCCCUCCAGCUGAAGCUCCUUCCUCAUUUUCUGUGACUUUCCAACUCUAUCUAAUAAAUCAGCCUGUGCUUCUCA